CUUGUCUGGCAGACGCAGCAGCUGUGCUGCGUGUGUAGUGUAUUGGGAACAAGCGGAUGUGUGAUGUAGAUGUGCAGCAGCGUGUCAUACUGUUUGUGUUCUGUGUUCGGGAUGCUUGAGGUCUAGAAGAGUCCGAGUUGUGGUAUAAUAACAGGAUAGACGUUCGUCAUAUAUCCUUCACGUUAUGAAUGUGAAUAAUUCGCCUGCUGCAGCAGACUACAUGAAGUGUCUAAUUACCACAUCGAAUGGAAGGCGAACCAUCUGACAGAACCAAGACGUCAUAAAGGAACGAUUGCGUUUUCUGCAAAUAAGCCAACAAUGUUCAACCACAGCUACGAGAAACGACUCUACUGGGUACCUGACAAGAAUACUGUGUCUCCUUUGAAGUCUUCGAAUGCUGUAAAUGACUGCAGUAAAGGUGAUGCCACAAACUCUAUAGAGUACGGAUUGCAACGCUUUAGAUGUGUAAGAGACACUGUUGAAGUUUCUUGUGGACCCGACCGAUUCAUCCCACGCCGCACUAGAUCAAGUUGGUACACUAAGUUUCCUAUGAUCUCAAAUAAUGAGCGACCAGGAUUGUCUUCAAGGAGGAGAAGGACUCGGGAAGCCGGUGAGUCGGCGAGAGAUGUGGCGACAUACACUUCUUUGUUAAAAAAUGAACUGCUUGGGUGUGAUAUUGAGCGCAUUGAAAAUCGUUUGGAAGAAAGUGAAAAUUUACAACCGCUGGAUGGUAAAAAUUUAUUUCAGUAUUCAUCACCGUGCAAGGAAAGAUCUAUGUGUGAUGCUUCACGAGUGUCGUCCUAUUCUUUAUCACCUGUGAGUGCCAAAAGUGAAAAACUUCUUAACUCCCCCAGUAAAGUUACUAGAAAAAUACCGAAAAUUCCAUUCAAGAUUCUGGAUGCACCUGAGCUGCAGGAUGACUUUUAUUUGAAUUUGGUUGACUGGUCAUCUCAGAAUGUACUUGGUGUUGGUCUUGGCAGCUGUGUAUAUUUAUGGUCUGCAGGUACAGGUCAAGUCACAAGACUUUGUGAUCUUUCAGCUGACCAAGACUCUGUGACAUCUGUUGCAUGGAAUGAAAAAGGUAAUCUGGUAGCAGUGGGUACUCAUCUUGGAUACACUCAAGUAUGGGAUAUCAGUGUUAACAAACAUAUAUAUAAAACACAGUGGCAUUCAGCCAGAGUGGGUUCAUUAGCAUGGAAUGGUGACAGCCUCUCCUCUGGUAGCAGAGACAGGCUUAUCUUGCAGCGUGACAUACGUACUGCUGGUUCAGUGCCUCAAAGGAGUCUUGUUGCCCAUCGACAGGAAGUUUGUGGUCUGAAAUGGUCUCCAGAUAAUCAGUAUCUGGCUUCUGGAGGGAAUGACAACCGGUUACAUGUAUGGAAUUUACAUUCCUUGUCUCCGUGUCAGACAUACACCGAACAUAAGGCUGCAGUGAAAGCAAUUGCUUGGUCUCCCCACCACCAUGGACUACUUGCUAGUGGUGGUGGCACAGCUGACAGAUGCAUAAGAUUUUGGAACACACUUACUGCACAGCCAAUGCAGUCCAUAGACACCUCUUCCCAAGUUUGCAACUUGGCAUGGUCCAAGCAUUCUUCAGAAUUUGUCAGCACUCAUGGAUAUUCCCAAAACCAAAUAUUGGUUUGGAAAUAUCCUAGCCUGACACAAGUUGCAAAAUUGACAGGACAUUCAUACAGAGUUCUUUAUUUGGCUGUGUCACCAGAUGGAGAAUCAAUUGUUACGGGUGCAGGAGAUGAAACAUUGAGGUUCUGGAAUGUGUUCAGUAAGACUCGAUCACAAAAGGAGAAUAAGUCCGUCCUGAAUUUAUAUGCAAGUAUACGAUAAUGUACAGGAAGAGAGAGAAGCAAACUGUGUUCCCUGGAGCAGAAUAUGGGACCAUGUUAGUUUAGGAAGAAAAUUUUUUUACAUGCAUAUUUGUGUAUCUGAAGUUCUUCUCAUUAAGUUUUGAAUUAAAACUGUGGGAGAAAUGGCUGCUAAAUUCCACUGUACGUGUUAACCUACUGAUGCUAGUCCUUUAAUUCAGUAUUUGGUAAAUUGAAAAGUUAGAUUUGUAUCAUUUUGCUGCUGUACUUUUCCUCUGGUUUUUAUGGGUUUUGUAAAUGUUCCCAUUGUUGUUAAAUUCCUGUUUUGUUAAUUCUUUCAAAUAAUUAUUCAUGUUAAAAGUAUAAUAUAUUGAAUUAUUUGCAAUAA